CCGUAAGUGUGGUGAACACGGUCAUCUGGCCGAGGCUUGUGAUAAGGUAUUUUGUGGUAAGUGUAGAGAAGUGGGACACACGUUUGAUGAAUGUAUGAAUGGGCGGAAAUGUAAUUUAUGUGGCGAGCAAGACCAUCUGUUCAGAGACUGUCCAAAAUCUUUUGCAAAUAAACUGAAAAAGGCAAAAGAAGUGGAACAAGCGGACAUGGUAAGUGAGCAAAUUGAAGCCGUUGGGCUGGAAAAUUCAAAUCUCCCGUCGGCUCCUCUGAUUGGAGGAGAGGAGGAGGAGACGGGAGAGGGGGAGGGGAAGGAGGAGACCCCCCAGGCCGAAACAUCUAGUGACGGGGGGGAAAUGCAGACCGAAGGCGGAGCUAGCUACGACUCUCAGGAAAUGGAGUCUGACAGCAGCGAGGAUGCCCCCCUCCCCCAACUGGCUAAGAGGCCAGCAUCAGAGUCUCCCUCCGACCAGACCAUCGCGGUGGAGAAGAGAGGAAGACUUGAGAACCUCUUCGGUUCAUUCGGGGAGGAGACCAAGUUCUUCCUCUCUGAUCCAGCCGAUGAGGCCUCUUUUCAACAUGUUGCUCAGCAAUCAACCCCGGAGGACCCAUCGAAGGACCGGGAACCAGUGACUCCAGUGCGCGGCCUCCUGCGUGGAGACGCCACCGCAGUUUGGCGCAACGCGAGCCAUCCCGUCCUUCCGAACAGACUCCAGGACCUGUCCUGGAUGGUGGCCCAUGAGAUCCUCCCGGUCAGAGCCGUUAUGCACUCCCGCGGCAUGUCGGCGACCUCCAUCUGCCCCCGACCCGGUUGUGGCGCGCCGGAGUCGGUGAGGCACCUGCUGUGGGAGUGCAGCGCUGCCAGGGACCUGUGGGCAGAGGCCGGCUCCUUGCAAUUCCCAUACUUGCCAGCAAGGGAGGUCCUCGAUCUACAGCUCGUGCUGUACGGGGUGAGCCACCAGAAAAUGGAGAAAAAAAGACUUUGCAGAGAUGUGGCUCACCCUUGCCACCGUCAAAGACGCCAUAUGGACCUCCAGAAACUUGCUGGUAAGCAGGCGCAGGCAGAUCCCCCCUGUGGCUGUGAUCCGGAUGGCGGCAGCGAAAAGAGAAAACAUCAGAGCUGCAGGUGGCGCACCAAGGACACAGCCACAAAGAAGCAUCGCCUGCACCUCCAUGGACGAAGGAGCCGGAGCUCCACGUACGGAGGUCCCGGCAGCGGCGGCCUGGCCCUCCGGGAUUAUCAUUAUUAA